AUGAAUGCAAAGCGCCUAAAGAACACACUUCCUGUUGAUGUAAAAACUGAAGCCGCAACUGUCUGACACAUCUGGACUAGAGAGGGGGGGAGGCCUGGCUGUAGCGUUAGCGAACUACUGAGGGGAAUGGACACCAUUUAUUGAUAAUCAAGACGGUUGUCGACAAACUGGAGAAGCAUAUCCAAGAAAUGGACGACGGCAGCUACAUCGAGUUUGAUGUGCCGGAGUUCAGCAACACUGUUCUUACUCAACUCAAUGAGUUGCGGCUGCAAGGGAAGUUGUGUGAUAUCAUCGUUCACAUUCAGGGUCAGCCAUUUCGGGCUCACAAAGCCGUUCUGGCAGCAAGUUCACCCUACUUCCGUGACCACUCAGCUCUCAGCACCAUGAGUGGUCUCUCCAUUUCGGUCAUCAAAAGCCCCGAGGUGUUUGAGCAGCUUCUUGCUUUCUGCUACACGGGUCACAUGUCCCUACAACUUAAGGAUAUCAUCAGUUUCCUCACUGCAGCUAGCUUUCUGCAGAUGCAGGCCAUCAUUGACAAGUGUACCCAAAUCCUGGAGGGCAUCCAUUCUAAGAUCAGCCUCCCAGUUAGUUCCUCCAGCCCAGAGAAGGACAGCCUCCAGACAAGUCGCAAUGGGAUGAAUGACAGCAGCCUCUUCAUUAACCCUACCCAGAUCUCCCCCCCUUAUUACUCCCGGCAGAAUCAGCCAAGUGUUGAAGCACGGUUGGAGUUGGCUGGAAAAGGCCAAAGCCGAGUACGACAGCAAGAGGAGGGCCAGUCAGAUCGUGGCAGUAGUGAUGGUGUGUCUGAGCAUGAUGCCCCCAUGGAGGGUGAAAUGGAGCAGGUAGAACUUAUUGGCAAAGAUGGGCAAGUAACGGAUGUGCAUGUAAAGAUAGAAAAAAACGAUAGGCCAACCUACUCAGAUAGUUCCUCGGCUGGUGAUGAUGGCUACCACACAGAGCUUGUGGAUGGAGAUCAGAUUGUGGCUGUUAGUGUGGGUUCUUAUGGUCCUGUCAUCCAGCCUGCUGCCUAUUCUUACUCAGGGCUUUCUUCGCCAUGCUUUGUCAACCUAAGCAGCUCCAGUCCUUCUCGCUCCUUGCUCAGUGGUUUCAGAGGUGGGCGAGCCAGAGCCAAGCGUCCGAUGGCAAUUCCAGCAGGAGUGCUAAGUCAAAUGAAACCAGGCUCUGAGGAUGGUGAAGCAGUUGUGGGGGCCACUGGGUUGGAAAACGAUGUUCGAGAGCGUAGCCUCCGGAGCCAGUGGUAUCCCUACAACGAGAGGCUCAUUUGCAUCUACUGUGGAAAGUCUUUCAAUCAGAAAGGAAGUCUGGACCGCCACAUGCGUCUGCACAUGGGAAUUACUCCUUUUGUUUGUAAGUUCUGUGGCAAGAAGUACACAAGGAAAGAUCAGCUGGAGUAUCACAUCCGCGGCCACACAGACAACAAGCCCUUCCACUGUCAGAUCUGUGGUAAAUGCUUCCCAUUUCAGGGCACCCUUAACCAGCACCUGAGGAAGAAGCACAUGGGCGCAUCAGAGAUUAACAAUCAUACGGACUCCCCAGAGAGGAUGGAGGGAAGCUCAGGUCAAAAAGACCAAGAUAAUGCAACAGAGGGAAUGGCCUUUGAGGCACAAUACGCGGAAGAGGCGCCGGCUAAUGAAAUGGAGGAGAGUUCUAAGUGCAGUCCAGAGGAGGCUCAAGCAUCAAGAUGUGAUUUUUAGGUCCUGCUUCAAGUGAAGCGAGCUUUAAGAAAUUAUUAUUUCAACUCAAUCUAAAGUAUCCCCUUUUUUUGAAUCAGCUCUCUCUACUCUGAACAUUUCUCAAGUCAAGGGUUUCUGUCAAUUUUGUAAAGUGUGUCGCUAAAUGCAGAGGGAUAACAAAUGCUUUAUAUAUAUAUAUAUAUAUAUAUGUAAAAAAAAAUCAUUUAAGC